UUUCCCCCAGAACGCCGCGCGCUCCCUCGUCGCGCGCGCGCGUCGUGUGCCAGCGACCCGACCCACCAGCAGCCUCGGCUCGUCCCGGCCGCGCGCGCGCGCGUCCGUGCCGUGGCGAUGGGGCAGUGCCUGUCGUGGGCGCUGGGCCUCCUCCUGCCGUCGCUGUGGGAGGCCGAGGUCGCCAUCUCCGCCACGGCGCUGCUCGUCGCCGCGCUCGUCCUCUUCCUCCUCACGACGGACCAGCACGCCAAGCCCACGGCCGCCGGCGGCGGCGGCAGCAACUCGUCGCCAGCCUCCUCCUCGCAUUCUUCUGCGACCUGCCACCGUGACGCCGGCCGCGGCCGGAGCGGCGCAAGGGGCAGGGCGGUCUCUGAAAUCACUUGCGCUCCGGGCGCCGGCGGCUACGUCAUCAAGCUGGAGCUGCUCUCUGCCAAGUACCUGAUCGGCGCCAACUUGGACGGCAGCUCCGAUCCCUUCGCCGUCAUCUCCUGCGGCGAGCAGAAGCGCUUCAGUUCCAUGGUGCCCAGCCCGAGGAACCCUCUGUGGGGAGAGGAGUUCAACUUCCUGGUCGAUCAGCUCCCGGUAGAGGUAACCAUAACUUUAUAUGAUUGGGAUACAGUAUGCAAAUGCAAAGUUAUUGGAUCUGUAACUAUAGCUGUUCUCAGUGAAGAUGAAACUGGGGCUAAUUGGUAUGAACUGGACAGCAAAUUUGGUCAGAUCUACUUGCGUCUUCAUUCAACUAAAGCAUUUCCAGAUUCUGAUAGCUUAUUUGAAGAAUGUACUGGAGCUGAGUCCCCGAGAAAGAUGACACUGAAGAAGCAACGUCAAGCGAUGAUUGAAGGCAUUGGCCCUCUGCAAACCAUAUAUAAACUUCCCCAUGAUGAAAUUGUUCACCAAAGUUACUCCUGUGCUCUGGAGAGGUGUUUCUUGCACCAUGGCCGUAUGUACAUCUCCCAAUGGCAUCUGUGCUUCCACUCUAACGUAUUCUCCAAACAAUUGAAUGUGAUUAUUCCAUUACAAGACAUAGACGAGAUAAAAAGAAGCCAGCAUUCUCUUAUCAACCCAUCAAUUACAAUUUUUCUUAAUGCUGGUGCAGGUGGACAUGGAACACCACGUUCAUGCAGUCAAAAUGGAAGGGUUAGGUAUACAUUCGCAUCAUUCUGGAGUAGAAACCGUACAUUUAGAGCUCUAGAGAUUGCACUACGAAGUUAUGAAGCAACCUUGGAGGCUGAAAAAAAGGUGAGAGCACAUGUACUUCUACAAAAAGAAAGUAACAGUUUACUAGGUACUAAGACAGACAGCACAAAGGCACCAGAAAAAAGAAUUGAAAAGGCUAUAACAUUCCAACCUUUCAUCAAUGAACAUGUUCUUGCAGAUGUAACCAGUAAGUUCUUCCCUGGUACAGCCGAGAAGUUUUUCAGUGCAAUAUUGGGUGACAAUUCAAUGUUUUUCCAGCAAUACCGAGAUACAAGAAAAGAUACAGACUUAAAGCUGAGGAAGUGGUGUGCCUCAGAAGAGUACGGUGGCAAGGUUCGUGAAGUAACUUUCAAGUCACAAUGCCACAGUCCUUUGUGUCCUCCAGACACAGCAGUGACAGAAUGGCAGCAUGCUUCUUUCUCAAAGGAUAAAAGAAACUUGAUCUAUGAGACAAAGCACCAGGCACAUGAUGUUCCUUUUGGUUCUUACUUUGAGAUCCACAGCAGGUGGUCGCUAAGAACAACCUCCAGUUCAACAUGUCAAGUGAAUAUAAAGAUUGGGGUAAACAUGAAGAAAUGGUGCAUAUUGCAAUCCAGAAUAAAAUCUGGAGCAACUGAUGAGUACAGGAGAGAAGUUUGCAAGAUUUUAGAGGCUGCUUGUGAUUAUUUCCUCCGAUCCGAGUCAAAUAGCCAGGACAGUGACGAGAUUGUGAUGGCAUCUUCGCCGUGAAAACCUGCAUAUGAAAAUCAUGUACAGAC